AUGAUGCUCAGCAGCAACGAGCGCGACUUCCUCGUCGCGGCCUUGAAGAACCAAAAGUCCGAGAACGCGGUCCAGCGCGCCGAUGGCCGUGGCCUCCUCGAGUUCCGCCGCAUGAACCUCUCGCUGCGCCGCAGCAUGCACGAGUCCCAGAGCGAGUGCGAGUUGCAGCUCGGCCGGACGCGCGUGCUGGCAGUCGUCUCGGGCGAAGUCGUCGCGCCGUUCCCGGACCGACCGACCGAAGGCUUUCUUCAGUUUAGCGUCGAGCUCUCGCCAAUGGGCGCGGCGAUCUUUGAGCACAAGCAGGCCCACAAGGCAUGGUCGGCCGAGCUCUCACGCAUCGUUGAGCGCUCGAUCCGCGACUGCAAGGCUCUCGACACGGAAGCGCUGGCGAUCGUGGCGGGCGAGAGCGUCUGGGCCAUCAAGUGCACGAUCCACGUGCUCGACCACGGCGGCAACCUCGUCGACGCCGUCUCGAUCGCGUCGAUCGCAGCGCUCAUGCACUUUCGUCGCCCCGAGACGCUGAGUGCGUCCUUGCUAGACGACCCGGACUGCGCGCUCAUCCCGCUCAGCUUGCACCACAUCCCAGUGUCCAUCUCGUUUAGCUUUAACGACCAGGACGACCCGGUCGUGCUCAUUGACCCGACGGACCGCGAAGAAAAGGUCGUCGACGGCGCGAUCACGUACACGUUCAACUCGUUCCGGGAACUCUGCGCCGUCCACAAGAUUGGCGGCGUCUCGAUCUCGACCGACGUUGUGCUGCGCUGUGCCAACAUUGCCGCGGCCAAGGCGGAGGAGCUGACCGACAUGCUCAAGGAGGCCACCGAGACGGCCGACCGCGACGCGAUCGAGCAGCGCCGGGCCCUCUUGCGCGGCAAGGAGUUUCACGACAAGUCGGUCGCCGCCCUCUCGACCCAAAGGGCUGUGCCGCUCGACGUGUCGGGCCUCGACAAGGCCAUGGAAGAGAUCGUGGACUUUGCGACGCUGCAUGCGCCGAUUCCGCUGCGCAACGACGACCCCGCGGUUAAGAAGGCGGCGACGCGCGAGCUCAUGGCGUCGCUCGAGUCGUCCACAGAAGGUCUCGCCAUCACGCAGGCCGCGCGCGACCACUUUCAUCAGCUGACGCAGACGGUCCACGUGGCACCCAAGCCGGUGAUGGCCGACACCAAGAUGCACGACAGCGACAGCGACGAAGAAGAGGACGUCGUCAUGCAUGUGCAGAGCGAGUACUUGCCGUCGCCGCCCAAGAAGGUAGCGCCGGCGGUCGAGGACGAUAGCAGCAGCUCGGACGAGGAAGACUUGGCAGCCGCCAUCAAGCGCAAGUAG